CGGUCACGCUGCGGGUGCUCCUCAGAGACGCGCUGCUGGAGCCCGGCGCCGGGGUGCUGUCCAUCUACUACCUGGGAAAGAAGUUCAUGGGGGACCUGCAGCCGGACGGGAGGAUCGUGUGGCAGGAAACAGGGCAGGUGUUCAACUCGCCCAGCGCCUGGGCCACCCACUGCAAGAAGUUGGUGAACCCAGCCAAGAAGUCCGGCUGUGGCUGGGCCUCCGUCAAGUACAAAGGCCAGAAGCUGGACAAGUACAAGGCUGCCUGGCUCCGGCGGCACCAGCUUCACGUGCCCACAGUCACCGCUGAUGAGAGUCCGGCCAGCGAAGGGGAAGAGGAGGAGCUGCUGAUGGAGGAAGAGGAGGAGGAGGUUCUGGCAGGGGUCUCAGUGGAGGACAAGAGUCGGAGACCACCAGUGAAGGGCCCCUCGGAGCCUGCCCACCCGGAGGCCACGCCCCCGGGGAAGCGGGUGGAAAACAAGAUCCGGGCGCCCGUGCGCUACUGUAUGUUGGGCAGUCGCGACUCCGCCAGGAACCCCCACACCCUGGUGGAAGUAACAUCCUUCGCAGCCAUCAACAAGUUCCAGCCGUUCAACGUGGCCGUCUCCAGCAACGUGCUGUUCCUGCUGGACUUCCAUAGCCACCUGACUCGCAGCGAGGUCGUGGGGUACCUGGGGGGCCGCUGGGACAUCAACAGCCAGAUGCUCACCGUGCUGAGAGCCUUCCCCUGUCGGAGCCGGCUGGGGGACGCGGACACCGCGGCCACCAUCGAAGAGGAGAUCUACCAGAGCCUGCUCCUGCGGGGCCUGUCCCUGGUGGGCUGGUACCACAGCCACCCGCACAGCCCGGCGCUGCCGUCGCUGCAGGACAUCGACGCGCAGAUGGACUACCAGCUGCGGCUGCAGGGCUCCAGCAACGGCUUCCAGCCCUGCCUCGCCCUGCUCUGCUCCCCUUACUACUCAGGCAACCCGGGCCCGGAGUCCAAGAUCUCGCCCUUCUGGGUGAUGCCGCCCCCUGAGCAAAGGCCCAGUGACUACGGCAUCCCCAUGGACGUGGAGAUGGCCUAUGUCCAGGACAGCUUCCUGACUAAUGACAUCCUCCAUGAGAUGGUGCUGCUGGUGGAGUUCUACAAGGGCGCCCCUGACCUCGUGCGGUUCCAGGAGCCCUGGACCCAGGAGCACACCUACCUCGACAAGCUCAAGAUCUCCCUGGCCAGCAGGACGCCCAAGGACCAGGGCCUGUGCCCCGUGCUGGAGCAGGUGUACAGCAUCCUGCAGCAAGCGAGCUGAGGGCACCCGCCUCCAGGACCCAGGGCCCCAGGUCGGACUCGGCCUCUCGCCCCUGCUGGCGCCCGCCCGGCAGCUCUGGGCCAGGGCAACGGGUCUGGGACUUGGUGUG